AUGGAAAACCAUACAAUCACAACCUUUAUCUUGGUGGGACUGACAGAUGACCCUCAACUUCAGAUUCCAAUUUUUAUGUUUCUGUUUCUCACAUACAUGUUGAGUAUAACUGGGAAUCUGACCAUCAUAUUCCUCACUUUAGUGGAUCCUCACCUUAAAACACCCAUGUACUAUUUCCUACAAAAGUUUGCUUUAUUAGAAAUUUCAUUUACAACUGCUUGUAUCCCUAGAUAUUUAUACAACAUAGCAACAGGUGACAGGACAAUUACAUAUACUAUUUGUAUUAUUCAAGUGUUUUUUACUGACGUCUUUGGAGUAACAGAGUUUUUUCUCCUGGCUGCCAUGUCCUAUGACCGUUAUGUGGCCAUCUGCAAACCCCUGCAUUAUAUGACCCUCAUGAACAGCAGAGUCUGCCAGAGGCUUGUCCUCUGCUGUUGGAUAUCUGGCUUGUUGAUCAUAUUACCACCACUUAUUCUGUUCCUAAAUUUAAAAUUCUGUGACUCAAAUAUAAUUGAUUAUUUUUUCUGUGAUGCCUCUCCUAUCUUGAAGAUUUCGUGCUCAGACACAUGGCUCAUAGAACAGUUGGUUAUUGUCUCUGCUGUGCUGACCUUCAUUCUGACCCUUGUGUGUGUUGUUCUAUCCUACAUUUACAUCAUCAAAACCAUUCUAAGACUCCCCUCUGCCCAGCAAAGGAAAAGAGCUUUUUCUACCUGUUCUUCUCACAUGAUUGUGGUUUCCAUCACCUAUGGCAGCUGUAUCUUCGUCUAUGUCAAACCAUCAGCAAAGGAAUCAGUGGCUAUUAACAAGGGUGUGACAGUGCUAAUGACAUCUAUUGCUCCUAUGUUGAACCCAUUCAUUUACACUCUGAGAAACAAACAAGUGAGACAAGCUUUCAGUGAUUCUUUCAAAAAAUUCGUACUGGUGUCCAAAAAGCAAAAGACUGCUCAAGCCUAG